UUUUUUUUUUUACUUUGCGUUAUCACUUCUAAUUCUGCGGAAACCCCUAUUUUUCUCUUGUUACUUUGAGCCUCAAAGGUUACCGUAGCGGAGCCGGAAGUUAACGGUGGUUUGUUUUCUUGGCGCUAUCAUGGCGGCGAAGGCGCAGGAGCUGUUCUUGGAUCAGAUGAAACCCUCUUCUGACGCGGAGGCGUCCUGGCUUAAAGACGUCCACAACUUUGUCAUAGGACAAGUGUGUCCGCUGCUCGGUGUUCCCGGCAGCUCGGUUGACAACAAUACGCUAACAGAUGCGUCUGUGUCUCUGAGUGUGUCUUUGGUGAAAUCGCUGCAGGACACCUGUGUCUCACAGUCUUUACCUGUGAGCUAUAGACUUGUCUCCAUCUCUGAGCUGGUCUCCCAUCAACAACUGGCCUGUGUCAGUUGUCUGUAUUGGAACACCAAUGAACAGAGAGCGUGGGCCAAGGAGGCGGAGCUGUCCAUGCCCGGGAGUAAGGCUCUGCCUCGAGUAAACCUGUUGUUGGUUGGCUGCUUGACAGAGGGGCGGGGCGGAGAGUGGAGGCUGACCGACAGCAGUGGGAGUGUCAGGUGUGAGUUCCUGUCUCCAUCUCCUAAUUGGCUCAGUCGAAUCGUCUUCCUCCCUCACUGGAACUACAUCCCUCCUGAUGCUUCAGGGCAGGAAGAAACGCCCGGCUGUUUGGAAGUUGUCGCAUCUCCUGUGUUGCUCUUUCCUGAGCAGAGAUCGGUCGUUAGUGCUGAAGAGGAGGCAGAGCUAAGGCCUAUAAGAGUCAGAGAAGCUGCAGGCUUACUGCAGAACAGGGCGAAGGGUCAGCGGCUGUCACUUUGGGGACAGGUGUCUUCUGUGAGCCCCCUGCUGGACAUAGGAGGAACGACUUUCUUCUGUUUCACACUGUCGGAGGAGACACACGCUCAGCCUGUCCUGGUGAAGGAAACCAGGCUGUGGUGGUCCCAGUGUGUGGGUGUGGGUCAGAGUGUGUGUGUGACGUCACUGCGUGUGUGUGACCUGCGAAGCUGGAGAGGAAAAAACAUCCUGUGUGUGACUGAAAAGUCCCAAAUACAUACAAACUACUCACCACCACACACACACACUGAGCUGCAGAUGGACACGCCCACUCAAUGUGACCCCAACCCUGAGGAGGUGGAGCCUGAGAGAGAGCUCAUCCAAUCAGGAGCACCAUUAAAAAAGGCCAAAGUCAUCAAUUACCAGGGCAUGGUAACUGAAGUGGUGAAUGAGGGGGCGGGGCUGUAUGUGAUUGACAGGACUGUGGGUCUGUGUCUGGCCUAUCUGCCAAGUCUGAGGAGGAAACUGAGAGCAGGGGACAUUGUGGAGCUUCAUAACGUCCACUUCCUGUACCGACCCUGUCCGGAUUUUCCUCCCAGCAUGCUUUGCACGUGCUUGCGCUCCAGUGUCAGGGUCACCAGCUUCAGCAGAGUGGGAUGCACUCCAUCUGACUCCAAGUGUCCGGGGGACAAAGUAUUACCUAGAUUACUGCUGGAGAAAAACAUGACUGUGUCUGAGUACCUGUGGGCAUGUCACCUCAGCUCUCGGCUGUCACACAGCCUUGUCCCAAGUAUGGUGAAAAACCAGUGUGUGUGUGUGUUGUCAUGUAAGCUGAUGGACCUGCUAUGGGGACAAAGACAUGGACAAGGACAUAGAGAUAUUUACUCAGAAAUGUUGGACCAGCCUCACAGCUGUUUUCUGUCACAGUACAGAGUCCACCAUGCUGUCCUUCAGUACGUCAGUGUCGCAGAACUGGUCCACUCUCUGAAAUCCCACUGCUGGUCUUCGGUGUGUCUCAGCUCUCUACUGCCACCUGAUGGAGCUGGUUUGAUGGAACCUGAGCUCAACGCCAGGCUGGCCUGGUUGUACAGCACCAAGAGUUCAGACUCUGAGGACAAGUGUGAGACAGAACAAACACACAGACAGCGGCCCCUGCUAUUGGUCGGCAUGUUAGAGCUUCCAUCUCACUCGUCCAAACACAGACACACCCUGCAGCUCAGGGAUGGUACUGCAGCUGUGGCCUGUGUACUAACAGAGUCCAGUGAGGAAGCUGAAGGAGGUCAGAGGGCAGCUUUUAAUACAGCCUGGAUAGGUUGUCUGGUGUGUGUCCACCACUUUACCAUGGUAACAGAGAGAUUUCUACAGUCACAUUUCCCUUCAUACCAACAUCUGGACCAAGAGCAGUUCAUCACAGACAAACGCUGCAGUGUUUACCUGCAGUUUUCUCUUGACCACAUCCACGUCCUGAGUCCUUCAGGUGCCAUGGUGACUCACCUGAAGAGGAGGAGGGUGGAGUCAGUCGAUAAUGUGGCUGAAGGGCAAGCCACAGAAGAGGAACACAGGACGAGGACAAGGAAAAGUUGCACAUGUGUUUCUGUGGUUUUGAGGGUGGAGCAGAAGGAGGGUGUGGCUCGAAGACCUGCCACAGAGGGGCCAAGUGAACAGGAAGUGGGGUUGGUUUUACAGUUCACCAUUAGAGCGGCUGUCAUUGGUCCAGUGGUCAGCUGGGACCAGGAUCCAAAGAACAGAGCAAUGCUGGAGAACGAGUCAGAGCAGGAGAGAGAGGAGAAGGUGGUCCUGGUGUUUUCAGGUGUGUCCACUAGGUGGUUCCCGCUCCUCCACUCAGGGUGUUUCUACAGACUUGUGGCAGCUAACAACAAGAAUCCCAGUGUUUUGAUUGGCUGUGGAGUUUCUGGACGGAGUGGAGUGGAGGUGCACGCUGACUCCUCCCUCCAGGUUAAAUCUGAUUGGAGGUUUCACACACUGACACAGCCACUGCUGCUGCACACCUACAGACAGGCUCUCUCACCCAAGGUCCUGUCGGUCUCCGAGGUGCUGGACUGCAGUACUGAGUUGGUGUCUUUUCAGGGCCUGGUGUGUAACAGGAUUAGUGUGACCAAUAGGGUGUCUGAUGGUGGACACACAAACACAGGUGUGCGUCUUACUGUGUGUGACCAAAGUGGGAGGAGUCUGCAGGUAUACCUGGGUCUAAGCCACACCCCCUACCCACAUGGACUUUUACCAGGCAACACACUCCUGCUGUCUAUGUUCCAGAGGAAAGUGUCAAGGUCAGGUUCUGUGUACUGCCGUCACACUGCCAUCAGCUCAGUAACUGUGAUGUCACUGGGUGAUAAAAGAUCAGUUCUGGCUCCUCCCCCUCCUGUGAUGCACCUCUGUGCGUGGGCUCUGUGUAGGGAUCAGAAGGUCCCUGUGGCUCGGGUCAAAGGUCAUGUGGUGUGCGUCCUCUUCCUCGAGCUGAGGUGGAGCUGCUCACUCUGUGGAUCCCUGUACAGGCAGUCCUGCUGCAGUUCUCAGUGUCGCUUGACCUCCUCAGUAUUUCAGGCCAAAGCUAAGUUGGUGAUUGACGACGGGACAGGUGAGGCUCAUGUCUGGUUCUCAGGCGUCCUGGUUCGGUCUCUUCUGCAAUUGGCAGAAAAUCAAUGGGAGGGGCUUCAGCGAGCUCUGAGGGUCAGAGGUCAGGUCAGAGUCUAUGCUCGGGGCCGGAGCCUGGUGUGUGACGACGACACUGAGGACACUGUUGUCCACUUUCUGUUGUGUGUGUGUAGCAAGGAUGCUGUGUGUCGCCCCCUGUCCCUCACCUGUAGGAAGUACACGGAUCAGAGCUUAGAGGAGGUCAAAAGGUUCACCCGUGGAGACAGAGACUUCAUGACCAGAAUGACUACGCCCAUUCAGCUCACCUGUCUGCACCUGGACGCUGACAGUGAGCUGACCUGACAGGCAACGGCUGACUCCAACCAGCAGAAAAUUUAAGGAAGUACAAAGAACCUGCUGGACCUGAUCAGCCAGGACAGAAAAAUUACACUGUUUUGUUAAUAGCUCAAUUUCUCUUUU